AAUUUGUUUACGUCCAAAAUGUGCGUCUUUCGUCACGCUGGUGCCCGUCGUUAGAGAAGCUGCGUCAAACUUUCUGUACCACAAGAGCACAUGAUUUGUGUUUAUAAAGUUUAAAAUGACCGUGUGUAGUUUCUUUCUUCAAGGUCGCUGUAGAUACGGAGAUAAGUGCUGGAAUGAACAUCCCAGAGACGGAAGAGGAGGAGGAGGAGAAUAUCGAGGAAACCAGCAGCAGCCCAGCAGAGGAGGCUAUGGGAACCGCGUGUGGAUAAACCCGGCUCAACGGAGUGGCGGUGAGUUCAUCCAGCCCUCCUCGUUCUCCCACGGCGGUAAUGAUGGAAGCAGAGGCGGCGGUAAUGACUGGAGUAGAGGCAGCAGAGGUGGCGGUAAUGACUGGAGUAGAGGCGGCGGUGGCGGUAAUGACCGGAGCAGAGGUGGCGGUAAUGACUGGGGCAGAGGUGGCGGGAUGUCCAGAGACUUCAGCAACCAGAACAGAUUCUCAGCACUCGGCUCUCAGAGCAACUUUGAUACAGCUGGACAAAACUCAGCGGAUGACAGUGCAAAACAUGUCGAAACAAUCCAGAAUGACAUGGAGGUCUGGCAGACUUCUGGCCAGUGGCCAUUUUCGUGUUAUUCGGUCCUCAACAAACAGAUCUCAGGGUUUGUUGAGUGGUCUCCUGAGGAGCUGAGACAGGAAUAUUACUCCUACCGAGCAUCUGGUGAUAUACAGCCUUAUGUGAACUCAGUCCAGCUGCUGGCCAACCAAUGGAGGAACAGGGUUCAGGAGCUGCGAACCAUGAGCAGACCUACUCAGAUCAGUGUGAUCUCAGAGCUGAAUAACUCCAGUCCCCAGACGCCAUCACAUGGGCUUGGCACGCCAAGCGCCGGGUUCGGUUCGACAGCAUCAGGGUUUGGAGCCACAUCAUCGUCAACAACAUCUGGCUUUGGAGCAGGAGGAUUUGGUUCCAGUACUCAGAGUAUCAACAGCUUCAGCUUUGCCCAGUCCAAAACUGACUUUGGAGCAGCACCUGAUUUUGGAAGCGCUGCGUUCAGCCCUGCUCAGACCCCCGUUCAGCCCUGCCCAGGUUUCAGCAGUCCCGCUCCGUCUGCCACCUCCUUUUCUUUUGCAGCACCAGCUGCGGAAAAUAAAUCCAGCUCUGCAGCCGGGUUCAGUUUCAAUACGUCUUCGGCAGGAUUAAGCAGCGGGUUUGGGUCCUCGGCACCGCCCGCGAGCGGUGGCUUCGGUCAGAGCAGCGCCGUGUUCACUGGAGCUGCACAGGCUGCUGGGAAUUCAGGAGGGAGUCUGUUUACGGCCCAGAGUGACCUGAGCGCCGAAGAACUGAAGGAGUUCACAGCCAGACGCUUCACGCUGGGUCAGAUCCCUCUCAAACCUCCUCCUGCUGACCUCCUCAUGGUCUAACACUGACUCUGGGCUCAUCUUUUUAAGACAAUAUUAAUAAACAUGUUUAUGGACUAAGA